UUAUUCCAGCCCGAGUAAUGGAGGGCCACAGAGAUCCAUUGUGUGACAUCAAUAGCAGCACCCUUAAAAAAACACACCAAAUCCAGACACACAGAAGAUUCUCACUUUGAGGGGAAAUGAGAAAUGCACAACAUGCACAGGAAUAGAGGAAGCUGGGGGUUUCAGCCUGAGGACACCUUGAUAGAGGAUUCUGGUGAGUUUCCAUCAAGCCUGGAGCUCAAUGGGCAGAAGACUGAGCUGUUGGCUGGUUGCGCUAUGGAUGUUCCAGGUUUGUCCCACCGGAAUGAAGAUGUAACGUCUGAGAGCUGGAGGAAACACAGAAAGCAUGUGUUUGUGCUGAGCGAUGCAGGGAAGCCCAUUUACUCCCGCUAUGGUAAUGAAGAGGCCCUUUCCUCCACCAUGGGUGUGAUGAUGGCGCUGGUCUCCUUCGUUCAGGCUGGAGGAAAUACCAUCCAGUCAAUAUUUUCAGAUGAGCACACAGUGGUGUUUUUACAGCAGGGACCUCUGGUGUUUGUAUCAGUCUCCACAACUCAUCAAUCAGAGCAGCAGCUGCGCGGUGAACUCCUCCAUGUCUAUCAUCAGAUAGUCAGCAUGCUCACGCAGGCCAGCAUAAAGCGCAUCUUUGAGCACCGCAAGAACUAUGACCUGCGGCGUCUGCUGUUUGGCUCUGAGAGGGUCCUUGACAGCCUUCUGGACGUCAUGGACUCUGAUCCCAGCUUCAUGUUAUCAGCAGUCCAGUGUUUGCCCCUGCCAUCCUCUUCCAGAGACACUCUCAGUCACAUCCUACAGAAAUCCAUCACCCCCAAUCUGGUUUUCUCCUUUCUCAUUGCACAAAACCGGCUUGUGUCCAUCGUUCAGGAGAAGACAGUCGUGGAGGAUGCUAGACUAAAACCCAGCGACCUUCAUCUCCUCUUAAACCUCAUCAGGGCAUCUUCUGCUUUUCAGGCAGGAGAGAUUUGGAUGCCCAUCUGCCUGCCUCUGUUUAAUCAUGACUGCUACUUUUAUGCCUACGUGGCAUAUCUAGACCCUCCUGAAUGCACCAUAUGCCUUGUGCUUCUGUCCACAGAUAAAGAAGCUUUUUAUGCCAUGGCAGAGUGCAAACGGAAAAUCGAGCAAGCUUUCAAGUCUCAGAAUGCCUUGGAGUGUGUGGCAAACAGUCAGAUGUACUGUGUUGAGGAUAUCGGUGUAAAUAAUCUCAGGCACUUCUUGUACAAGCCCUCAAAUGUGAUGGAACAUCAUCGCCAGCUCCCUCAGUUUACAUGCCCAGAGAUGGCCGUGGCCUACAAAAGCCAGGAAGAGAGGAUACGUCUGCUGGAUCUGUAUCGCAACAUGCACAAUCGCAUCCACAGUAUGUCACGGCCUCUUAAACUCAUCUACCAUUCUGCAGACGGAGAAACUCUGCUGGCUUGGGUCACAGGGAAGUUUGAGAUGUACGCCUGCUUUACGUCACUUGUCACAAAGAAAUCAGCAAUCAGUGAAUUGACAAAACUGCUGCGGUGGAUCAAAAAGGAAGAGGAUCGUCUCUUUAUUUGUCACCUUCCAAAAUAUUCCACUACUUCACAGUCUGGCAGGAUUUCCACAGACAGGGGGGGACCAGACAGAGCGAAUGCAUCAGACACUGGUUUUAUGUCUCUCUUGUAGCCUUGAGUUACCUGCUGUUUACCAGCACACACACCAGUUGCAGUUUUACUUCCAUCUUUAUGGAGUGUUUGCAUAAAAUGGGAGUAGUGGCUGCGCUGAAUAUAUUCAAUCUUCCUGGUAUGUGGUUUCAUAGGUGUGGUGCUUUCACAAUGCAAAUUCUUGUGUACUGUACACUUUAGUUCGACCUUAUCUUAUUGUUUUACUGAAAACAUGAUUUGUAAUGAGAGUCAUUAACAUUAAAUUGGUACAAUGUAAGAACAAUAUAA